CGGCCAACUAAUCGAGUCAAUGUUCCUUGGCUUGGCUUGCCAACAUUUCUUCCUCCUCCCUCGCCCAUUUACUUACUACCAAUUGUGUGCAUGCUUUACGCCCAUCCCCCUCAUUAAUGCCUUGCCUUUUAAGCAGUCUUUCCUUCCUCGCAAUUCCAAACUUUACACUUCUCUACUACCUGUCCGUCUCCCUCCCCCUCGCUCUCAAUUGUUCCUCUGUCAUUCUCCGUCUCUCCGUCUCCCAAGCAAGGGGAGCAUGCCUCUAUGUCCACGGAGAGGGAGAGACUCGACGAGAUCGGUAAGAAGAUCAAGCGAGAGCCGGACCCCGCCGCCGCCAUCGCGGGCGUAGUAGUCGCCGUCUCACCGACCGAGCACCACGGCCCUCGCCGCCUAGGCCUCGUUGGCCCAGGCAUCGGCGGCGCCGCGAACAUAGCGACCCCGUGCGCCGCGUGCAAGCUCCUCCGCCGGCGCUGCGCGCACGAGUGCCCCUUCGCCCCCUACUUCUCCCCGCACGAGCCCCACAAGUUCGCCGCCGUCCACAAGGUCUUCGGCGCCAGCAACGUCUCCAAGAUGCUCCUGGAGGUGCCCGAAGCGGAGAGAGCCGACGCGGCGAGCAGCCUGGUGUACGAGGCGAACCUGCGGCUGCGCGACCCGGUGUACGGCUGCAUGGGCGCGAUCUCCAUGCUGCAGCAGCAGGUGAACGCGCUGGAGGCCGAGCUGCAGGCCGUCAGAGCCGAGAUCUUCAAGCACAGGUACCGGCAGGCCGGCGUCGGCGUCGGCGUGGCAAACCUCAUUGUCGACGACGACGUUAGUGCCGCUGCAGCCGGCGGCUUCAUGGCUCCUGCCACGUCGCUGGUGCACACCGCUGACGUGGUGUCCGUGGCGGAGGCCGGCCAAGAAGUGGCCGUAAUGCCGUCGACGGCCACGGCCACGGCGUACGCUGCCGGACAGCCGUCGAGCACUGACUACAGCUCCCUCGACACAAGUGAGCAUGAUGCAUACUUUGGUUGACAUGCAUGGAUUUACUUGCGGUUCUGGUGAUUGAUGGAGAACACAAUCGAUUAAUUAACUCGCCAAAUAAACUUUAUGUGCAAGUAUAACUCUCUCUAUACAUGUAUCUUCUCUAGAACUAGAUAUAGCUGCUGUGGAUAUCUUGGGUGAGAAAAAUAUUGUCCAGUGAUCGAGAUGUAUCUGCCCUCAUAAAUUUCUUGUGUGUGUCCA